GCGAAGCCGGGCGGCGCAGGGAUCCGGGCCGCGGUGCUGAGGCCGUCUGUCAGUCAGCGCGGCGGCGCCGGGACGCGGCCGGGGCGCAGCCGGCAGAAGGCGGCGCGGGGAGUACGCGCGGUUAACGGAGCCGGAGGGCGGCCGGCAGCGGGGAGGAGCGGCGAAGGAAGACGCGGCGGGGGGGGGGGAAAAAAAAGAAAAAAAGAAAAAAAAAUAAAAGAAGCGAGCUGCGUUUCUUCCGUACUGCAGGAAAAGGCUAUUUCAGGAGCGGUUGCCUCUCGCCCAGCCGGCUGCGAUGCUGCUAGCCACCGUGCUGCCCUGGACGUUGGUUUUGCUUGGAGCCGCAGCCUCACUACAAGUGGACAUUGUUCCAAGCCAGGGGGAGAUCAGCGUUGGAGAAUCUAAGUUCUUCUUAUGUCAAGUGGCAGGGGAGGCCAAAUACAAAGACAUUUCCUGGUUUUCCCCUAAUGGUGAGAAGCUGACGCCGAACCAACAGCGCAUCUCAGUGGUGCGAAAUGAUGACUUCUCCUCCACCCUCACCAUCUACAACGCAAACAUUGAUGAUGCUGGCAUCUAUAAAUGUGUUGUCAGUAGCGUGGAGGAGGGAGACUCCGAGGCCACCGUCAAUGUGAAAAUUUUCCAAAAGCUGAUGUUCAAGAAUGCUCCCACUCCUCAGGAAUUCAAGGAAGGGGAUGAUGCUGUGAUUGUGUGUGAUGUGGUCAGCUCACUGCCUCCUACCAUCAUCUGGAAGCACAAGGGCAGGGAUGUUAUCCUAAAAAAAGAUGUUCGAUUUAUAGUGCUGUCCAACAACUACCUGCAGAUCCGGGGCAUCAAGAAAACAGAUGAAGGGACAUACCGCUGUGAGGGCCGGAUCUUGGCUCGUGGGGAGAUCAACUUCAAAGAUAUUCAGGUCAUCGUAAAUGUACCUCCUUCUGUGCGCGCCAGGCAGAGCACCAUGAAUGCCACUGCCAACCUCAGCCAGUCUGUCACUUUAGCAUGUGAUGCUGAUGGCUUUCCUGAGCCAACCAUGACGUGGACAAAGGAUGGAGAGCCAAUAGAAGAGGCCGAUGAUGAAGAGAAGUACAGUUUGAACUACGAUGGGUCUGAGCUCAUUAUCAAGAAGGUGGAUAAGAGUGACGAAGCAGAAUACAUCUGCAUUGCUGAGAACAAGGCUGGCGAGCAGGAUGCCACCAUUCAUCUCAAAGUCUUUGCAAAACCCAAAAUCACCUACGUGGAGAAUAAAACAGCCAUGGAACUGGAGGAUCAGAUUACACUGACCUGUGAGGCAUCUGGGGACCCAAUCCCUUCCAUCACAUGGAAAACUUCCACCCGGAACAUCAGCAAUGAAGAGAAGGCUUCGUGGACCCGGCCCGAGAAACAAGAGACCCUGGAUGGGCGCAUCGUAGUACGUAGCCAUGCCCGGGUGUCGUCCCUGACUCUCAAAGAAAUUCAGUACACAGAUGCCGGAGAGUAUGUAUGCACAGCCAGCAACACCAUCGGGCAGGACUCCCAAGCCAUGUACCUUGAAGUGCAGUAUGCCCCCAAGCUUCAGGGCCCUGUGGCUGUCUAUACCUGGGAAGGGAAUCAAGUGAACAUCACCUGUGAGGUAUUUGCUUACCCCAGUGCUGUCAUCUCCUGGUUCCGGGACGGACAGCUGCUUCCCAGCUCAAACUACAGCAACAUCAAGAUCUACAACACUCCAUCAGCAAGCUACCUGGAGGUGACACCAGACUCUGAAAAUGACUUUGGGAACUAUAACUGCACUGCUGUGAACCGCAUUGGCCAGGAGUCCUCAGAGUUCAUUCUUGUGCAGGCAGAUACUCCGUCCUCUCCUUCCAUUGACAGAGUGGAGCCCUAUUCCAGUACUGCCCAGGUGGAGUUUGAUGAGCCUGAAGCUACCGGUGGGGUGCCUAUCCUCAAGUACAAGGCAGAGUGGAGAGCACUGGAUGAGGGAGAAUGGCAUUCGAGGUUGUAUGAUGCAAAAGAAGCAAAUGUGGAGGGCAUGAUCACUAUCACUGGCCUGAAACCUGAAACAACCUACUCUGUGAGACUGUCUGCAGUUAAUGGCAAGGGCGUGGGUGAGAUUAGCCUGCCAUCCGACUUCAAGACACAACCAGUUCGGGAACCCAGCGCACCCAAACUGGAAGGUCAGAUGGGCGAAGAUGGAAACUCCAUUAAAGUGAAUGUUAUCAAGCAGGAUGAUGGUGGCUCCCCAAUUAGACAUUAUCUGAUCAAAUAUAAAGCUAAGCAUUCCUCAGAAUGGAAACCAGAGAUCAGACUUCCAUCUGGCAGUGACCAUGUCAUGCUGAAGUCCCUGGACUGGAAUGCGGAGUAUGAAGUUUAUGUGAUAGCUGAAAACCAGCAAGGGAAGUCCAAACCAGCUCACUAUGCUUUCCGAACUUCUGCUCAGCCUACUGUCAUCCCAGCUAGUACUAGCCCUACAUCAGGCCUUGGGACUGCUGCCAUCGUAGGCAUUCUCAUUGUUAUCUUUGUGCUGCUCCUGGUGGCUGUGGAUGUCACCUGCUACUUCCUGAACAAGUGUGGCCUGCUGAUGUGCAUUGCUGUCAACUUAUGCGGCAAAUCUGGCCCAGGAGCCAAGGGCAAAGACAUGGAGGAGGGCAAAGCCGCCUUCUCGAAAGAUGAGUCCAAGGAGCCUAUUGUGGAGGUGCGGACUGAAGAGGAGCGGACCCCCAACCAUGAUGGGGGAAAACACACAGAGCCCAAUGAGACCACCCCACUGACGGAGCCAGAGCACCCCACCGAUACCGCAGCUACUGUUGAGGACAUGCUGCCUUCUGUAACUACGGGCACCACUAACUCUGACACUAUCACUGAAACCUUUGCCACUGCUCAGAACAGCCCCACCAGCGAGACCACUACGCUGACGUCCAGUAUUGCCCUGCCAGCCACAACCAUUCCUGAGUCAAACUCCAUGUCGACUGGCCAGGCUACUCCAGCCAAAGGGGCAGCCACCUCAGUCUCUUCACCACCACCCUCCUCCACCCCCAAAGUGGCCCCCCUUGUUGAUCUCAGCGAUACCCCAAGCUCUACUCCGGCUACUAAUAAUUUGUCUUCAAGUGUCCUGUCCAACCAAGGUGCAGUGCUCAGCCCCAGCGCUGUUGCUAACGUAGCUGAGACCUCCAAAGUGGCAGCUGGUAACAAGCCAGCUGCUGCAAGCCCUGCAAACCUCACUAGCCCUCCAGCUCCAUCCGAGCCCAAGCAGGAGGUCUCAAGCACCAAGAGCCCUGAAAAGGAAGCUGUGCAGCCCAGUACAGUGAAGAGCCCAACAGAGACAACCAAGAACCCAAGCAAUCUGAAGAGCGAGGCUGCUUCAGGCAGCACCACAAACGCCUCCCAGAAUGAGGACUUUAAAAUGGACGAAGGGACCUUCAAGACACCAGACAUUGAUCUUGCAAAGGAUGUUUUUGCAGCCCUUGGCACUACUACUCCUGCCAGUGUGACUAGCGGGCAAGCUCGUGAGCUUGCUUCUUCCACUGCAGACAGCUCUGUACCUGCUGCACCUUCAAAGACCGAGAAAAUCCCAGUAGAAGACAAAUCUGAAGUGCAAGCAACGGAACUAAGACACCUCCAGCAGAAGUCAAGACGGUCCCCAAUGAAGCCACACAAACAAAUGAAAAUGAGAGCAAAGCAUGAUCAGCAACAGAUGAAAGCAAAUGACAGAACAACUUCACCCAAGCAUUUAAAACACAAAACACAACACACAUCUCAUUCCUCUAGUGUCUGUUGCCUUUUUUUAAGAAAAACAAACAAAACAGAAAAUGCAUAAAUAGGGGGAGGGGGGGAAUCUCUCUUUUUCUUUUCUUUUCUUUUUUUUAAAAAGAUUUCUAGAAAGGUUCUAUUUGUUUGUGCACUUGCUUUUAAAAAGUAAUACAUUUUAAAAACAGGGUUAAACCCGUAACCAAAUCAGGGCUUAACUGACCCUGUGUAUAUUCAAAUAAGCAAAAUUGCAAAUACCAUUUGCAACGUGGUUGGGAAGCUCAAAAUCAACUAGUCCUAGACAAAAAAAAAAAAAAAAAAAAAAAGACCCUGUUCUUUACUUCGUUAGUAUAGCGGAUAUAACCACUGUACUACUUGGUACAGCUGGUACUUAAUGAACAAAGUCCACAAUUUAUUUUUAUACUUUUCAGUCGAGUUUGAAAUAUGUAAAGCCUCAUAAAUAAGUUAUAAUUUCUGUUCACCUUGUAUUUGUUCAGUAUGCAAAGUGUCUUGAGCUCUUUGUGACUGAAUUCUGUUUUCCACAUUAGACAUUUAUUUGGGGUUUAUUAUUAUCUUUUUUUAGGAAGAAUGCCAAAAUUGCAGCUUCGGGGAUAUAUUUCAAUUUGCAGUAUUCAGACUCUACAUUUCUUUAAAUUUUAUGUUAAUUUUUGCCAACUUUUGUUCUUUCCAGUGUUUACAAUUGACAAAUAUUUUUUUUUUAACUUUUGUUGUGUUUAAAUGUAUGUGUAAAAUAGCUGCCUUUUUUUUUUUUUUUUUUUUAAGUAAAUACAGUCUAUAGAUACUAGGUUAGCAGCAUGCUUGCUUUGCAAAGGGAGACAUUUUAAAACAUGGAUGUUUACAGUAGUUGUUUCCCCUUUAUCUUUUCUUAAUUAUUGUUGUUGUUGUUGUUGUUAUUAUUAUUAUUAUUAUUUCUUACUGGAGUAAGAAGAAAAGUAAUGCUGGGGUUUGGUUUGGGUUUUUUUGGGUGGGUGGGGGUAUUCAAACCAAUUGUCACCAGUCAAGGUCUUUAUCCAGCAAUCCGCAUAAACACACACUUAACUUGGAAUGAGAGAGUUGCUGGUGAGAGUCCUUCUAUACUUAAAUUUAGUAAGAGUUUAAGUCCCUUGCUGGACCUGGGCCUGACUGCAUAAGAGAAAUAUCAUCUCUGCUUUUUUAGGACAUUCUCCCCUUUCCUUCAUAGAACCUUCCCGGAGCUUUGAGAAGCAGAAGGGAGAUUGUACAGUUAGGGCUGGUCUGGUCUUAUCUCAGAUGUUUGACUACAUCAAGUCCUCCUUAGUAUGUCAGUAAAUACCAUUUCAUUUGACCCUAGAAAAGUAAUUUAAAGGCAAAGACUUUUUGCACAAGAGUGCUUGGCAGCAUGCAAGACGCCUCCUGCAAAGCUAGCUCCAUCAGCAGUUGGACUAGAUGAUCGUUGUAGGUCCCUUCCAACUGAACUAUUCUAUUCUAUUCUAUUCUACUCUAUCACGUAUUGAGUUAUCCACCUAUGCUCUGCAGAAUCAAAACCAUGAAAUCAAGAGCAAGUGCUUGGAAAUCAAUGCCAAGAUUUCCAGUGAUUUCACUUGUCUUGGCAUAUUAUUGUCAACAGUUGGAAAAGGGGGCUGAUGUAGUACGUGUAUUAUCAAUAUGGAGAGGGGGAGCUUAUCAAUGGCAUUUAUCAUUGUGAGUCAUGGAGUAACACUGAGAUUUUUGGGGUGAAAAGAAAGGAGGCUUGAGCAGGAGGAAGUCAGAGGUAUAUAGGGGAAGACCAGCCCAUUGUAUAGAGAUGUUCCUUCUGUUGGGGUUUGGGGUUUUUUUUUCUUUUUUUUUUCUUUUGGUUUCUUUUUUAUUCUACUUUAGAUCUGCAAGCUUGUGCACUGUGGGUGCGUGACUUUUAGUGUGAAAUGUGUUUUUUGUCAUAGUAUUGAAAUAAUAAAAGCUUCAACAUAGUUUGGAUGUGGAAGGUGUAGCGAUAGUUCAGAUUUGAAAAAAGAAUAUUCAGGAAAAAAAAAAGAGAACAACUCUUACAAAGAACAGAAGCCUUUAAAUGAAAAGUCAAACCGAGCUGACUAUGGCAUUCCAUUGCGCUAAGGUGAUGAACAGAAGGAUGACGGGGCAUGGGUAGACUGCAGUUUGGCUCAGGUAAAUUGAGCCACUUUGAUCGGUGUAUUCUUCUAAGUAUGCAGUCUUUUACAGUAGCAUCACAUAAUUUCAAACUGUGAAAAAUAAUAGUCUUGUCAUUUGCUAAGUGUGGGGGGUUUUGCAUUUUUUCCUUAGCUCCUGGGAUGCAAAUGGAGGAUGACUGGAUACACAGGCAUAGACACUCAUGCAAUACCCAUCCCGAGCCAGGAUAUCAGGGCAGAAUAUGUCCUCACUUCAAAGCCUUGUGUCAAAUUCGGCCCUUGCAUGACCCAUCACAGCAGUGUUGGUAUAACUAUGGGGAAGUUUGGCCCAUGGUCCCUAGGAUUUUUUUUCUAAGAAAUCAGUCCAUAAAAUGCAGCACAAAAAGGUCUGUCUACGGUUGGGGAGAGUCUUUGGGGCAGCAGAGGACUAGUGGGUAGGCAGUGUGUACCUCCAUUCCCUUGGAUGACCACAAGUAUUUGUUUCUCAUUUCUGCAAUGUCUUUGACUGCUUUUGUCAUUUUUGUGUUAUACCUUCUAAGUUAUAACCCACUAAGAGCUGAGUAGCUGAUAGGAAACAAAUGCUGCACAAUGCUAAUGACAGAAACCUGUCCAGUGACACUGGUCAGCACCUGUUGGGUGAAAAUGUGGUAACUAUCACCUGGAUUGGCAUUUCUGUCAUAAAAGGUAACCAGCUCAAAGCCCUAUCCGACACCCAGCUGCAUCAUUAGAAAGUACCCUGCUGACUGCAGUGGGUUUGUGUUGAGAUCAAUGGAAUGGGCACCAUUCCAAGGCAGAAGUGAACCCUGUGAUUGCCUGAGCACUGGGACUGUCCAUCCAACUCCUUUUUAAUGCCAUCAUGACACUUCCCAAUACUUGUAGGUUAAUUCUGGAGAGUGGUUUUUUACUUGCCCUUAAUGAAAAAUAAUUUGUUUUAAUUUAGAAGUACCCCAUUUCCAAGAUAGCUUAGGCUUCAUUGCUUUUAUUUAAACCUUUGAAGAGGGACCAACCUGAUGCCGUUUACGCUGUAUAUGUUUAUAUAUGUAUCCAUACCAUACAUAUAUAUCUAUAUGGCAAUGCAGAUUGAUCAGCUUCUAGUUGUGGAGUGAUUACAUUUCAUGCUGCGCCAUACGUAAAGAUGAUAAGAUAAUAGUGCAUCCAGUUGUUCAGCUUUUAGAGUGGAGUUUUAUUUUCACACUUUUCUAUGGAGCCUUCAGACCCCAGAUUUUCACACUAGGCUGUUUUGAUAGUUGUUCUCAGACCCUCCAUUGACAUCCUUACCCAGCAUUCCCUACUUUUGGGGGCCUUCUAUCUUGUUAAAAAACAAAAAAACUUUUUACCAAGUGAAACAUCGAUUCCACCUUUAUUCCCAUUCUCACUGGUGUAAAUACUGAUACUAACUGAGGAUUUUGACUUUGCAUUCUGUCAGAAUACUGUGUUCAAAUAAAAAUUACAAAAAAAAGCUCAUGCCUACAGUCUGCCCUUCUUUAGAUGCUCUGCUAGGUCCUGUGUACAGACAUGGAUUCCCAGGGCUGUAUUUGCGCGUGAGCCUAACAUGAAGCCAGCAGUCCCCUUGUGGCAUGUCCACAGCAUGAGUUAAGCAUCCGUCUGAGGCUCAGGGCUGUAGGCAAGCAGGCAAUGCAACUGUCUGCACAGUGAUGUUAGUGAAGCAGUCAUGCUGCAUGCUCUAAGCUGGUACAUCUCUGAACAGUGGCAGUGGGCUACAGCAGUGCCUUUUGAAAAUUCAGAUGUGCAGAAGGAACACCUGCCAGCACGUGAUUCCACAGACUGGCUCUUCCGAAGUGCCGAGUGUCACAAAGAGGAGUGUUUUUAAAGUUUGUUUCUCUGUCCCACCGUAGAUAAUUUCCUUGAGAUCACUGAACACACAAAUGCAGUUUCAUGUCUGCUGUGAAAUGGGGACAGCUGCAUUUCCCAAUAAAAGAUGCUCCUCUGUUCGCUGGCUAUGAAAGUUGUGUGCGUGUGUGUGCAUGUGAGUGUUGGCUUUAAAAGGUGUCCUUAACCCAUCCUGAAUUGGGUGCCUGAACUUAAUUAAUGUGGGAUGAAUCUAAUUUAAUUCUGUCCUAAGCAUUGAUCUCCCAGGACACAGAAGGAGAAAUGAGAGCUCUGAUAGGUAUCAAUAGCUGGGCGCCAGAAUUGUUCACAGAAAAAGAAGAAAGUAAAUGGAUUGUGCUAAAGUACUUGUUAUCGCAAGAGAAUACCGUUCUCCUGUCUGCUUCCUCUCCAGCGCUUUGCCCUCUAUUCUUGACUGCUGUUCACGCUGUGGUUUGCAGUAAGGCAGUAUUUCAGCAAAGCUGCUGUGAUUGGCCCCAUAUGUCUUUGGUACUACUGCUUUAGAAAAGGCUGUCCCAGGAAAAAGGGACAGGAGAAAUGCACAGGAAACAAUCCAUCUUCUUGGUGGGUUCUUUCAUCGCUGCAGAAUUCCUUUUGAACUCGGGUUCCAGAUUCAUGCUCUCAGCUCCGUUAUAGCUGUCAUUUUUCUUUCAUUGGAAUUCCUGACCUCUCCGUCCUGACUCUUUCUUUUACACAGGUUGCGGAGUUUUCCCAGCCUGCUUUGUACUUGAGAAGAGUUCUUCCUUAUUCCAGUCGGUGGCAUACAGCGGGCAAAAUGGUUCUGUAUUCAGAUAGCGAUUUCUGCUUUGUUAUACUGCAUGUUUGCAAUACCGCAUUUUUUACAAGAACCCACCAUGAACAAUGGAGAGUGGGCGGAUGUGGUACAAUGUCAGUCCUCGACCAAUAUACAUAUGUGCAAUUGUAUCGUACAGCUUGCUUCUGCAGGAAAGUUGGAAAGUCAAGAGAUGCUCUGAAAAUAGUUUAUUUUUUUUUCUCUCAUUUUUUUCUUUCUCUUUUUUCUAAAAUUUUGGCUAAAACCUGCCAAAAUGCCAAACUUUAUUUAAUUUUUCUAGCCUGAGGUUGCAGGGUGGUAUCUGUUUACUUUUUCUUGAGAAUAUCUCCACAAAUUCAGGCAAAGUAGAGUUUAUUUUCACAUGGAAGUUUCCCUUUGGCUGAAAAAGAGCUUUUUUCUCACUACCUAACCAUUUGAACAAAGAAGUUUCAACUACUUUCAAGUCAGGAAACUUUAAUUGAUAAAAGUCACUGAUUCUGUUUCAAGGGAAGUUUCUGAGGUUGCCUUUUUCUGUGUUCCUGGCUUUAGCAGCUGCUUCCCUGAUUCACACCAAUGUCACCUCUGCGUAAUGCCUGGUAGAUGGACUCUGUUCCCUGGUGUUUGGCUUGUUUCCUGCUGUAGCAUCUUAAUGAACCGUGAGGAGCUCAAGUAGUCUUUCCUUUUCUCUCAGAGAUUAAUAGAGGAGCCUGGAGCACUUGGCCUAAUUUACUGUUGCUGGAGAGCACAUGCCCAUGUGUGAAGAGUGAUGAGUUUUCUCUCCCUGGAGCUGGGGUUGUGCUCAGUGGCAAACAGAACUAAAAAAUUCUUUACUAGCCCUUUGUAUUUCUUCAGCCAUUCAUCAAUCUUCAGACCUAUCUUUUUCAGUAAUUUUAACUUGUCUCUCCCUCUGUUGAGGCCAUGGCACCCAACUGUCAAUGUCAGCUUGGCUGAGUAUGUCUGCUUUGACCGCAGGCUGGGCUGAAAGGUAAGCCUAAGCAGCAGGGGCUUAAGGGAGGUGGCUGGAGAUCUGCUGCAAACAGUUUCUUCGUUCUCUCAUCCCUUCUAGACAUUCUAGUUAGUUGGCUUGUCAUCAGAUAUCGGUAUAUGAAUAUACAUGCACAUGCUUUCAGGGCAUCAUUUUAAGUGCUUCUGUACUGAACUGUAUGGAAAUACUUAGAGACCUCGUCACCAUUUCAGUAGAAGUGGCUCUCCCCUCUGCACAUUAGCUAAUCGAGCUCUCUACUGUUUGUUGCCAACUGGCAGGAAAAUGCUGCACCUAGCACAGCUUCCCAGAGCUCCAGGCAGGGAGCAUGUACCACAGCUAUGCUCUCUGUAAGGGAUUAGCAGAUCUUGCAGCAGAGCUGAGCUGAGAACUUCAUUUCAUUUACUGUAAUGAAAUCUCUGCCUGGCUGCUAAAUGAAUUCCAACCCUUAUUUUCCACAGCUAUGUUAUUAGGUUCAUCCUGUGCACAGAGGCUCAGGCCCUGCAGGCUUCUCUUCAUGUUUCUCUGGCUCACUGGUGCAGCUUGUCGUCACCUCGCUCUGCUGGGGGUGCUGGCACAUCAGAGGCCCUACAGUAUAGCACCAUGCAUGCUGGCUACUCUAGCCUGAUGAACAGGAGAAGUAAACAAUGGAUCUGAUGGCAGAAUGGAACACAACUUCUUGUAUGGAGAGAGAAGGGGAAGCUGAAUGGGAGGAGCAGAAGUAAAGACCAUUUUGAUGCAGGUGACUGGGAGUAAAGGCAGGAUCUGCCUACAGAGAUGCUGUGUCUUUAAGAUGAAUCAAUCUUUCACUCUCCAGGCUACUGAGCCAGUGGGGUAUCCCAGAGGCAAGAGAGGACAGUGCAAAGCUGGGAGCUGAGAGUGCAUAGGAGGCUGAACUGCAGCAGCCAGUCCACCUGAUGUGAGGGGAGAGACUGCAGGAAUAGCGCUUGCUCAGUUUUCCACCCAUCUGGAGGGAGUUUAUCUGUGCAGAUUCACAGCCAUCAGAGAGAACCUUUCUGACUGUCCUUCCCUUGUCUCCAUCAGCCUCUCAUGGUGCUAUUGUGGGAGAGGCAGGAACUGAGUCAGUCUCUCUCCACCACUGCGUAGGGCUGGAUGCUGCUGCUUGCAUGCAGCACCCAUGGGACAAGGGAGAGGGGUAAGCAAGAAAGACUGCCCCACCACCGCUUGCUGCAAAUCUGCAACUCCAAAACAGUCUUUUAAUGAACUGACGAGCUGA